AUGGAUAUCCUGGACAAGUAUGGUGGGCUAUGGCAGCUUCGCACCGAGGUGGCAGAGGGGUCCCGCCAGCUAACGGAGGUGCGGCAAGAGCUAGACCGGCUGCGGAAGGAUGAAGAAGAGCUUGCUCAACGGGUGGAUUUUCUGAGGUAUCAGGUAGGAGAGAUCAGCACAGCAAAUCUACGCCCAUCUGAAGAUGAUGACCUGACCCUGGAGAGGGACCGGGUCGCCAACGCAGAGCGAAUUAUCACACUGUCCGACCACGCCUACAGAGCGUUAUACGAUAGCUUCAGACGGUCACGAAUCGGUCAUGGACCUUAUCGGGCAGGUGUCCAAGGACCUUUCCCAAUGGAGCGAUUGGACCCCUCAUUGAGCGAGAACCUUGAGUCGGUAGACGCCUUGACCCACCAGGUGGACGAGUUGGCGCGUGCACUCCGAAGCUAUCGUGACGGCAUCGAAUACAGCCCGGACCGUCUUCAGGAGCUUGAGGAGCGAUUGGACUUGAUCAACGGUCUCAAAAGGAAGUACGGCAGCACCAUCGGAGAAAUCCUGGCCUUCGGCGAGAGGGCCUCGCAGGAGCUGGAAAAGCUAUAUCACAGCGAAGAGCGUGUGAGGGAUUGA